AGAGUAAUGACAGAUUUAUUGAGAAACGAUAUACCUAGAAUGUUACGAAAAAUUUAGUAGUUUUAGAUAUGUUUAGGCAAGCUUACCAGCGAGGGAUGCUCACUAUAUUUUAUAGCAUUGGUUCUAAACCUUUAGCAAUUUGGGAUACAUUCACUAAAGACGGAUACAUAAAAAGAUUUUUAGAUGAAGAUAUUAAGUCCAUGAUUUUAGAAAUAGGCGGAACUAAUGUAAGUACAACAUACAUAGUAUGUCCUAAAGGCAAAGAAGUAUUGGGAGUAAGUAUGCCAUUCUUAGUGAUGGUGCUUAAAAACCUUAAGAAAUAUUUUUCCUUUGAAGUCACUAUACUGGAUGAGACUGGAACAAGACGAAGAUUCCGCAUAUCAAACUUCCAAAGCACUACGCAAGUCUUACCGCUCUGUACCGUGAUGCCAAUUGGCCUUUCAGAUGGCUGGAACCAAAUCAAUCUCAAUUUACCUGAAUUCACUAAAAGGGCGUAUAAAAAGCAAUUUGUGGAGGUACAAAAAGUAAAAAUAAACGCCAACACAAGACUAAGACGGGUAUAUUUUACAAACAGUCUUGUUUCAGAAGAUCAGUUGCCUGCAGAGUAUAGAUUGUUUUACCCAUUGAAACGAAAGCCAUCGGCUAAUAAAAAUAAAAUAACAAAUACUGAGAUUGUAGUUAAAACAGUUGAUGAGAUAAUAACUCCUAAGAUAGAUCAGGGGAAAGUAAUACCUCCAAUGAUAAAAGAAGAGGAAAUAAUACCCCCAAUGAUAAAAGAAGAGGAAAUAGUACCUCCAAAGGUAAAUCCGCCAAGUGAAAGAGUGUCUUCAACUUCAAAGAGUAAAGGCUCUAUGCAGGUGAUCAAAGCCGUGUCUCGUUUGCAAUCUUUAGAUGAAAAAUCUCGAAUGCUGGAAGUUGCUGCAGAAAAGCCUGAAGAAGCGAGUGACGUAAAUGCUUCUAAUGUGGAUACAGCAACACUUUUACAAGCAGAGCAUGCGACAACAGCACUAAUUAAGGAAAAGGACAUCGUAGUGGAAACAGCAUCAGUUACUACAGAUUUUUUAAAAGAACCGUCAGUAGGAGCGGCUGUGGCUGUUGAACAAUCUGACCCGCAUGCAGGAACUCUUACACCAAUAGAAGAAAUGGGAUAACAUUGAUGAAAUUAUUGACAUUGGGAAAUUAAGAAGGUGAGGUUGAAGAAAGUGCCGAAACUCCUGCCGUUAUCCUGAUUAAAGACGGCGCGGCGUAUCUUCUUCUAUACUCCUGCGUGUGGCGUCAUCGGUUUCAGAAUCAAGAAUGCAUCCCAAGUGUUAUUGUCAAUUAAGUUUGAUAAAGUUAAGUAUGGAUAGUGUUUAUUUUAGAUAUAACUUUUAGGCUAACGAUAUAGAUGCUAAUUUAUAUAAUAACUGUUUGUUUAACGAAAUAAAUAUUAAUAUUCCU